AUGGUGUUUUCAUGUACACCAAGUAACUUAAUUGGACAUAUCCACCAAGAGGUUGCAUUUUCAGGGAAUAAUGGGAUAUCGACCAAUGAUUUAUGGAAUAUAUGUUCCAAGAAAUUGAAAAGCUCAGAACUUGAUUUGUUUAGUAAACAAAUCAUAUGGAAGUGGUUAUUCUUUAAUAAGGAUGUAAAAGGAGCUUUAUUUAUAUGGGAGAUGGAUAAGCAGAUUGAUCCAGAUGAGGAUUAUGAAAGUUUCAUGUCUAAAAGAGUGAAUGGGCAAAAUUUAAGGAUAUACCCAAGUACCGAAACCCAAUGGAAAUUUUUGACUGGGAAGGACUAUUCCAAAAAGUUGAAAACCCAAUUGGGUGAAUAUCCGUUCCAGUUAUUAUGUGAAAUAGCAAAGCAUGGCCCAAGUGGUAUUUAUGCUUCUGAUUUGAACAAGAUAACUGGUCAAGAUCCAAGAUCCGUGUCUGUCAGAUUGAGAAAGCUUGAGGAACUAAAGUUCAUCUUCAAGGUGAACGCUUAUAAUAAAUCUAGUUCUCAACACACUAGCUUGUGUAUUCACUCAAGUUUUGUGGAUGAUAAGACUGAUCUGAACUCUUUGGAUUUCAGUGACGAUAUAAACCACUCAAGAGAUGCAGAAAAAUUAAGAAAUAUAAUUAUUCAAAAAGUCAAACAAGCCCCCAAUGGAUUGCGGUCCCUAUCAGAUUUGAAGCAUGAGCUUAAUCUUGGAACAAGUAGGUCAAUGGCAAAGUUUUUCCGUGGUAUUGUUAUGUCCUUAUAUAAAAAAGGUUACUUGGAAAAGGUUAUGGUCAAGUCUGCAGCUUCUUUUGAAUUGCUGCAUAUAUAUUGCAUUAGAUUCUUGAAAGAUAUUCCUAACCACAGCGAUCAUUUGGAUAUUUCAGAUAUGAUUGAAAAUGAUUACGAGAAUGACGACGAGGGGCCAGUUUCAUUGCCUAGGCUAAACCAUGUGUUUCCUAUUAGUACUCAGUUUUAUCACAACAUAUCUUUGCCUGAAUUUCCUCCAAGCUCGAUGGAUUUGUGCAACUCUUUGACUGGUGUCUCUGAGUACAAGCCCUUCGUUAAGAUUUUGGAUAGCAUCACCACAUUUGUUAAAGAAAAUGAUGAAGACAAAAGACUUCAAACUUUCAAGGAACCUUAUGAAGGCAUAUCUAUAUCUAGAAGCUAUGAUUUUGAAGGUAAGUUUAAAUUCUACAGAUAUUUCUGUGACAGCAAAGAGAAAAUCAAGGACAACUCACUUUCUUCUAAAAAAAGGCCAACAACUAAUAUUAUAUCAUUGGAUUGGAAGUCCUUACCUUCAGUAGGGAAGAUAAAGUCUGAUUCUUUGAUAGGAAAAAAAAGAAGGGUAGAUGAAAACAGGAAAGUUACGAAAAAAAGAAAGAAACACGAAGAGUCGCCACAGACACCGUCAAUUUCGAUAAGACAAGAUGCAAAACAGGAAAAAAAUAUUUCUAAUAUAGUUUCAGUUUCACUGAAACCUCCACACUUUUACCAACCGGAAGUUAGAAAGUCUUCUUCGACACCAAUAUCCACUUCUUCAAACUUAUCUUCAAUCAAGUCCAUAAAAAGAAGAGAAGCCCUAAUUGAAUUGAUAAAAGAGUCUGGUGGUGUAGUUUUCACUUCUGCCCAACUUCUUCGAUCCUUGGACCGGAAGCUAGACAAUUCCACAUCGACUGAUAUGAAAACAUUGGUGAGGGACAUUGCAAUAUUGGUCCACACUGGUAUUGUAGAAUCGAGAGAUGUCCGAACUGUGAGAUCAGGACAAAAUAUUACCCGUAAAGUUUUAAUCCUUAAAGAUGAGAAUUUCAAGCCGAUGAAGGAAAAGAUCGAAGAGGUUCAAAAACUUUGUGAAGCUGAUGAUGGAAAAAGAUUCUAUCCAACCCUUACUGAUAGGAAGUUCAUUGAAGCUGAUGUGACCCUUUACUCGACUCAAGUACACAAGAGAAGACAGAGAUUGACUGAUCUUUCGUCUUCCAGGAUGAGGACAACGAAAAUCGAUGAAGCCAAAAGUCAAACUCGAGUUAAGCUCGAACGAAGCAAUACUAUGUCCGAUGAAGUGAAUCCUAACAAUGUUGGCGAAACACAGGUCACGAAAAUAACCAAUCCUUUGAAAACAUAUGUAGGUGCAAGGUUCAAGGGAAGGACUAAACCCAUCAAGAAAGGGCCUGAGAGUGAAACAGAGAGUAGCACCAUCUCAUCAAGAAGAAGGCCACUAGUUUUCACCGAAAGUGAUGAAUCAAAACUCUUUAAGUUGGUCGUGAUCUCCCGGACAUUCUUUAAACUGAUUGAUUUUGAAUAUCUCGCAGAACUCUUUUUGAACUUUACUGGUAAGGAGUUGAAACAAAAGUGGACAUCAGUAAGAAAGAAAAUUGGAGGUGUUAUUAUUGUAUUAAAAGCCAUAGAAAAGUUCGAAGCUAUCAUCAGAAAAUUUGUAAAUGAUGGAACAGUAGGAUUGGAAGACUUAAAAGAACCUAUCAACUUCGAGUUCUUUCUACAACUUUGGGAAAAGGUGGACAAUUUGAGAUUCGGUGAUUUCCUGAAAAGUCUAUACUUCAAACUGAAUGAGAACUAUAAGAACUAUGAAGCUUUAGAGACAAAAGAUUUGCAUCCAAUUCCAUAUGAGCAAAUGGUUAGUAAUUCAAUGAGACAGAAGGAAGUGAUAGUUGCCAGUCAUGUUUUCUACCAAGAAGGCAAUUGGAAAGUACAGAAAGAGGGAGAAAAAGAAAAAGAUAAAGUAACCGAUCAAAUUAAAACAAUUUUGAGAGCUUUAUGUAUGACUGACGAGUCAAGCUUCAAAUCCAGGGCAGUUUUGAAUAUCCUUGAACCUUACGGUGAUGAUAAAGUUCAAUAUGUAUUGACAUCGAUGAUCAGGGACAAAGAAAUUGUAUACAGUGGUAUCGAGGACACAGAUAAGUCAUUCGUCUUGACAGACAAGUUCGAAAAUUCUUUGGUACCUCUUAAAUCUGUUCCUCAAAUGUUGCGAGCUGCUUCUAGGUUCUCCGAUAACAUAGAGACAGCUGCACAAGAUAGUAAAGGUAUCAUUUUAUCCCAAGGGAUCAAAGGUGGCCAUAUGAUAAGUUUGCUAAGAUCCGUAUCUUUUUAUGAGAGUUCAUUGGUUCAUAUCAACAAACCCCACAGGUUCGUUGGCUAUGAGUCAAGAUUGGUCGACAAAACCAAGCUCGGUUGUGACAUUAUAGUCAAAUGCGAAAAUAAACUACAGCUGCAAGCGACGAAACAAGUUCCUGUUCCGACAGGGCGAGCUUGUUCGCACGUGUGGUUGGAUUUGGAUGGCAAAAUAAACACGGAUCUCUGGAUAAAGAUAGUUGCUUCAGUUCUUUGGUACAUGGUUUUCAGGCCGGGAGUCCUUUCUUUCGAUAUAUCGAACAAAUUUGAAUCGGUUUUGACUUCGAGCGAUGUCAAAGAAGUUUUAAACUGGCUCAAGGAGAGUGAAUGUAUUAAUGAAGGAGGAAAUAAUGAUUAUUGGGUCCAGAAUAACUGGUACUCGAUUAUUGGAUAAAAUGAAGAAAUGGUGCCAAUGGACAGUAAAAAUGAUUCAUGCAAACCCAAAACAUCGUGAUUGCUUGAGGGAUCUUGUAGUCUGAAUCUAAGCAUACUCAGGUGUCAAAGCUUUCUAUUAUACAUUAGCCUUCAAAGAAGUGAACAAAAUGACAGCGGGAAACUGCUAAUGAGAUAUCACGAAACUCGAACCUUUCAAGUGAGUAAAGGAGAUGUUAGCAAACAAUGAAAAUCGAGUUUGAACCUAGAGAGGCAAAAACUUGAAGCUUUUCAUUGAAAUUGAAUAUGAAUAAUGAAUUAAUAAAUAGUCUAAAAAUCAGGAAAACUUUUAAUUUACAAGAAGUCUUGUUUUCUCAAGUAGUCAAUGACAGUAGCGAUGAAUUCGGAAAAGUCUCUUUCGUUGGAAUUCAAGUUGAAAUGAUUCUCCUUGUCUUCCUUCUCAUCCACGUUAACAACAACAGAGUUAGAGGCACCAACUGUAGUAGUGAUUUCAUCGAUGUUAGAAGAUAAAACAAGGACACCAGAUCCAGCUUUGACCAAUUCAUUGAUUAUGAAAGGGUCAUUAUUGUCGACCAAUUUGGUAAUUCUUCUGUUAGAAUUUAAUUCAUUAAGAACAGAUUGAAAUCCGAAGGAAAUAUAAUCAGAUUGUUUCAAUCCUUUACCGUUGUUGAAUAUAAUAACAAAACCUUGUUGUUUUCUUGGAGGAUUGGUGGAUCUCAAGAUUUGAACAACUUCUGGAUACGAAAACCACUCUGGGAUUUCACUACCGUCUCUCAAUUUUUGCCUCAAUUCAGUUCCAGAUAUAUUAGCAGUCUUGGUAGUCUUCAAGUCAAUGGUGUCAAUUGGAGCAUACCUAUCUUCCUCUGGUAAGUAUGUGACCAUUCGGAAAGGAACAAUCGUGAUGGGUAAUUCAUCUUUUACAGAGUCCAACAAAUCUUGAGCAUCAUAAGGACCAUAGAAGUCAACACCUUGGGAGUUUUUACCAGGUCCAGCAUGGUCUCUUCCAACAAUAAAGUGGUCAACACCGUAAUUUUGUCUAAUCAAAGCGUGCCAUAACGCUUCUUUGUCACCUCCCAUCCUCAUGGCUAACGGCAAUAAAGAUAAAUUAGCUAAGUUUUCUGGGAACUUUUUCAAGAUUUGCUUGUAGACUUUGACUCUAGUAUGGUGAUCAAUAUCUCCAGGUUUAGUUAAGCCCACAACUGGAUGAAUCAAAAUGUGACCAUCUUCACCCAAAUCCUUAGCAGCUCUAAUGGUCAAUUCUCUGUGAGCUCUAUGCAUAGGAUUUCUAGUUUGGAAUGCCACAGUUUUGUGAUUUCCAGUAUUCCAACCAGCUUUCUGAAAUUGCUCUCUCAACUCGGUAGGGUUCGUUCUGAUUUCAACAUAAUCAUAAUGUUUAGGAAAGCUCAAACCUUGAAUAGAACCACCAAUGUAGAUGUCACCAGCGGUGUUGAACAAAUACUUAACAGCAGGGUGUUCUGGGUCUCCUCUGAAAACCUUUUCAGCUUCGAGUUGCUUAUUUGGUUUGUAAAUAGAUUCAAUGGUUAACAACGCUAAACUAUUGUCAUCUCUUAAAUCCGUCAAGACUAAUUUUUCACCAACCUUAACAGUUUUAGCGAAAGAUUCAUCCACAUCUAAGGUGAUUGGUAUUGGCCAUAAUAAGCCUCUCCCUUCUUCAUUCUUAACAGAAGCCAAUCUCAUAUGGUUGACAACCGAGUUGUAAUCAUCUUCGUUCAAAAAGCCAGUUAAAGGGCUGAAUCCACCAUUUAAGAUCAAUUCCAAGUCACAUAAUUGUCUGUCCGUCAAAAUAUACUUCUUGUAGCCCUCAGAAGCAAUCUCGUUGAUUAACCUUUGCUUGAUACCAGCAUCUCUGAGAACUAAGUCUUGUAAUACACCACCGUGGGGUUGAAGAAUCAUGGUUAUAUGGAAUUUAAAGAUAUGAAUAGGAAAUAGUAAAAGUUUUUAAAUUCAACUUAUAAAUGCAAUAUUGUAAUCAUU